AUGGAACACACUCACGAUGCACAUAUAAAUGCUCUCACAGCCAAUGGCGAUGCAGGUUUAAGUGCUGGUGGUGGUGGUGAUGGUGGCAUUGUUGGUGUUGGUGACUGUGUUGGUGGUGGUGGUGGUGGUGGUGGUGGUGGGGAUGGUGGGGAUGGGCUGAUAGAAGGAGAUGGCGGUGAUGGUGAUGCUGCGGGUGGGGUUGCUGUUGGUGCUGCAGUUGGUGGUUGGGAUGGUGGACGUGGCAAUGGUGACGAUAUUGGUCCUGAUGGUGAUAGAGUUGCUGGUGAUGGUGCUAGUGUUGGUGCUGCUGCUGAUGGUGCUGCUGGUGGUGGUGAUGCUGCUGAUGGUGCUGCUGCUGGUGGCUGGAUCGGUGGGGCUUGUGGAGCUUUGAGGUUGGCAUAG